AUGCCCGGACCAUAUGGCUUGAAGUACAUGUCUCAAGCAGACGGACUUCACCUGUUCUUCAGGAGAGCUUCUCAUCUUUUUGUGAAGCUUCCAUGUGGUAAGGAAUUUGGUGGAUCUUCGAAGGAUCAUGGGUACGCAACUAGGCCGAAAGAGCGUACUGCAAAUGAGGCCGAAAUUCUCCAGAUCCCAGGGGAUCUAUGGAAUGAGGGAGAUAAAUCUGAACAAGCUUCACAUGAUCUUGUGGGGCGUCUGAUAUGCCCGAAACCCUCAAAUGGCUUUCAUCUUCUCGAAAUAAUGAAGAAAUCGUGGAAAACAAAAGGAGAGUUUAUUGCCCGUGAAUGGAAAAAGAAUCUGUACCUAUUCUCGUUUGCCAACCAAGAGGAUAGGGAAUGGGUUAUUCAGCAUCAGCCAUGGCAUUUUGAUGGCUAUUUGUUUGCUAUAGCCCCCCUGGAUGGAGCGAUACAGCCCUCGUAUAUUCAAAUCACAAAGUGUAAUUUAUGGGUUAGGGUUUACGAUCUCUCGAUGAGGUGUCUAAAUCCAGUUAUUCUGAGAAAUAUUGUGGCUCAAGUAGGAAAUGUGGUGGAGGUUGACACGAAAGCAAACUUCUCUGGUUGUUUUGCCCGAUUCAGAGUUGAAUUGGAUAUCACGACACCUCUCAUGCACGACAUCACUAUCUACUUUGGUGGAAAGAAUCUAUGGAUACCUUUGAAAUAUGAGAAUUUGCCUACAUUCUGUUACAAAUGUGGAGUUAUGGGUCAUCAUACACGUGCUUGCGAGAAAGAAUUAGAGGAUGAUGAUUCAGGAAAACAAUUUGAAGAUCUUCUCUGCGGCCCUAACCUCAAAGCCUCUCCCCUCAAACGCAUCCGCCCGCCUGUCAUAAAUAGCUCGCUUCCUCAUAAUAACCAACCCAAAUCAACCUACCCUCACCCAAACUCCAAAGAAAACUGGCCAAAUCUCCCUCACUCACGACGCCCGAGGCCCCCCUCUCUAUCUUUCAACCUCCCCGUCGGAAAACCAUGCUAA